AUGGAGCAGAAAGGAGAUAAGGUGUACAGAGAGACCUUUACCUGUACUAUCUGUCUGGAUGUACUGAAGGACUCAGUGACUAUUCCCUGUGGACAUACCUACUGUAUGAACUGUAUUAAAUUACACUGGGAUGGACAACGUCGGAGGAAGAUCUACAGCUGCCCUGAGUGCAAACAGACUUUCAAACGGAGGCCUGUCCUGAAGAAAAACACCAUGUUAGCAGAUUUAAUGGAGGACCUGAAGAAGACUGGACUCCAAGCUGCUCCUGCUGAUCAAUGCAAUGCUGGACCUGAAGAUGUGGCCUGUGAUGUCUGCACUGGGAAGAAGCUGAAAGCCUUCAAGUCCUGUCUGACGUGCUCAGCUUCUUACUGUGAGAAUCACCUCCAGCCUCAUUAUAUUGCACCUCCACUUAAGAAACACACGCUGGUGGAGCCCUCCAAGAAGCUCCAGGAGAACCAUUGCUCUCGUCAUGGUGAGGUGAUGAAGAUGUUCUGUCGUACUGAUAAGAAAUGUAUCUGUUAUCUCUGCUCUGUGGAGGAUCAUAAAGGCCACAACACAGUCUCAGUUGCAGUAGAAAGGAUUAAGAGACAGAAACACCUGGAGGAUUGUCUACAUAACAUCAAGGAGAGAGUCCCAGAAAAAAUGAAAGAGGUGGAGCUGCUUCAACAGGAGUUGGAGGCCAUCAAUGUCUGUUCUGAUAUAGCAGUGGAGGACAGUGAGAAGGUCUCCAGUGAGCUGAUCCGUCUCGUCCAGAAAAGAAGCUCUGAAGUGAAGCAGCAGAUCAGAUCCCAGCAGGAAACUGAAGUGAGUGGAGUCAAAAAGCCUGAGGAGGAGCUACAGCAGGAGAUCACUGAGCUGGAGAAUGAAUACGCUGAACUGAUGAAGCUCUUAUACACAGAGGAUCACAACCAAUACUUUCAGGUGUUGGCAGCAGCUGUGACAGAGCACAGAGUUAAACUCCAGGACAUCCUGAAGGACGGAUGGACAAACAUCUCACUGACUGAAGUAGAUGCUCUGCUGCCACCACUAGAGCCAAAGACCAGAGCUGAGUUCUUGAAAUAUUCACAGUCCACACUGUGUUCACUCAGCCUCUCCAUGCUGGACUUUUCAUUUGUCAUGUAG